GGUCGACAAACAGCUUGUCUUCAAGUGUCCGUCCCCGUCUCCCAAGGCUAAAGGUGCAUACCUGAAAUCUCCCCAGGCAGGUGUACGGAGGGCCUGUUUGUGUCUCUGUUGCUUACUGUUCUCGUUAACUCUCUUCCACUUCAAUUUAAAAAGAAACUUGGAUAUGGAGGCUGCAAGAGUGAUUAUCAUUGCACGCAUUCUCCUGCUGGUUCAAAUUCCUGUGGCAGUCUUGCACACAGUUGUGUGGGGACAGGGCGGCAGCGACAGCGCAGUGGUGGCUGUGUACAACAUCAGUGCCCCCGCUGGCUCGGAGGCGGUACUGCAGUGCCACAGCCAGCGCAUGGUGUGGACCCAGGACAGGUUGCGGGACCGGCAGAGGGUGGUGCACUGGGACCUGUUCCGCAGCGCGCCGGACUUCACCAUGGAGCGGGUGCUGGACAUGUUUUCGGCUGGAGAGCAGCGGAUCUACAAUGCCUACAACAAGGACCGCGUCGGCAUGGACAAGACCGCCUUCGAUGAUGGCAACUUCUCCCUGGUCAUUAAGGAUGUGAAGACGAGUGACAGAGGCAUCUAUUCCUGUAACCUGCAUCACCACUACUGUCACCUGUAUGAGACCACUAAGGUGCAGCUGAACGUCACCAAAUCACCUCGUAGGGAGAGGCGGUUCUGGGACGGGGAGAAGGCCGUGUUCGUGGUCCUGCAGGGCAGUACGGUCCUGCUGCCGUGCGUGAACCGCCGGCCCGUUUGGACCGAGUCCCACUCCGAGGAGGACCAGCAGGUGGUGCACUGGGACCGGCAGCUCCCGGGGGUCCGGCACGACCGGGCGGACCGCCUGAUCGACCUGUACGCCUCCGGGGAGCGCCGGCAGUACGGGCCGCUCUUCCUGCGCCGCAAGAUGAACAUCACCGCCGACGCCUUCUCCCAGGGCGACUUCUCCCUCACCGUGUCCAACCUGCAGCAGCCUGACCGGGGCGUGUACUCCUGCCACCUGCACCACCACUACUGCGGCCUGGACGAACGGCGCGUCUUCCACCUCAGCGUGGACCCCCCCCUGCCCCCCGAGCUCACCGCAGCCCCCCGCAUCCUCCCCCACGACGCCCCGAACACGAAUGUGGUAGAGGUGCCGCGUGUCAUCAACGUCAUCGUGCCUGAGCACCGAGGUCACUUCCUGCAGCAGCUGGGCUACAUCCUGGCCACGGUCCUCAUGCUGGCCCUCAUCGCCGUCAUCCUCUUCCUGCUCAGCCGUCGAUACAAGAAGAGAGCCCUAGAAUAUGACCUGCGGCGAUCUGAGAGGGGGAACAUGACCUCCAACGACUUUGAGAUGGGGGCUACAGAGCUGAAGAUGUGCAACCAGGAGGAGAUGAGGAGGGACUACAAAAACAACCUUCUGAAGGAGGCUGAUAUGUGUAAACUGCCGUCCGCAAAGGUCAUCGACCUGGACAAAGAGAUGGAUAAGGCUGCGUGGAAGUGAGGAGCAGUGGAGUGCCACUGGCUGGCCCAGGGCUGAGAGAGAGAGAGGAGAGGAGAUGAAUGAGGGUGGGAGGGGUCUGUGUGAAGACUGUACAAAGUAGAGAGAGGAGAGUCCCAAGUUCACUGUUUUACUGCCCCGUCUGUGUGACCAAACCCACCUUUCACCACCGUCAUGCUGAUUCGCUGCAUUCCUCCAAACCUGCUUACCUUUCCCACAAAGCUAUCGGUACUGCGCUAUUGCUCAUGAAACAUAUAUUAUCAUAUAUUGACAUAAGUGUAUAUCAAUUUAUGACAAUGUAUGGUCCAAAAUGGAAGGAAGAUAUUUUUAGUAAUGACAAGAAUUUUUAUAUAUUGAUUCAUAGAUGUAUAAUACUUUUUAAAAAUAAAACAAAUCUAAUACAGUACAUAGCAAUAUUUUUUGCUAAAUGUCAAUUAUUUUCAUAUUCAUAUUUUAAAUAUCAAUAUAUUUUACAUUAAUAACUGGGUUAUUUUACAGUUUACUGGAUACAGUUUAACUAUAUUGAAAUAUAAGCAUACGAUUACAUGUAUGAAAGCUGCUUGGCUGAUAUGUUUCUUUUACAGGGUCUCUUAAUAUAUGUUUCAAAUAUAUUUCCUUUACUGUUAAUGUAUACAGUAUGUUGUAUAUAUUGCUUUUUUUCCUAGCAAUAUAUGGUAAAAUAUAUUUUAAUAUUUUAAAAUAUAUACCAUAUAUUGCUUUUUAUCUUUUUAAGGGCUGGUUUUGUCGUUGUGUAAUAAUGUGGGCUGUAUCUUGGAUCCAACUGGGCUGCAGAUUUUCCAUUAGUGCCGUCUUUCCUGUCUAUAUUUCACAGUUAGCAUACUGUGAAGCCUUCGUGGAAGACAAAACAAACAAAAAAAAAUCCUACAGUAUAUUUUCUUCCAAAUAUUUCCAUUUCAUUUGAUAUAAUCGGUUUGUCUUGUGUCCAUGCUUUGCUUCUUAGAUCAGUUAACUAUAUUCAUAGUUCCUGUAUUUGUCAUGCAUUUCCCCACACAGACAGACUUCCGCAAAUAACUUCUUUUAUAAAGCAAACCAAAUUUGACCUCCAGUGUACUUGCCUGCUUCUGCUGCUGACUGUGUAAACAGUUCUUUGACUUGCAGUUCAUCAUUCCCUCAAGCUGAAACAUCCCCCAGCUAAUAUACAUGUAUGAUAAGAAUAUAAUACCAAAGCCAAAAUUAAUGUUACUGUACAUCGGGUUUUUUUCCAGGGACCAUUCAUUAUUUAUAUCCAGUUAAUGAGUUGCUAAAUAUUGAGCUAGAAACCUGGAUUCUUUAUCUUUUUCUUUUUUGGUUCGUUGGCGUAAUCAAGAAUUAGCUUAUUCAACACCCUGAACUUAAACCUCCACCUUGUGGUGUCCAUUCCAGCUCCCUAACCACUGUGCAGCCCAGUGGAUUAUCAGCUGCAUGGGUUAUGCAACUGCUUCUGCUGAUACAACAGUGAAUCCACGGGUGAAAAUCUGUUUCCUCUUCUAAGCAGACUUCUGUGCAAGUGCUCUGAGACACUGAGACUCCAAAGUCUCUUCCAAGGGAAUUCUCCUCUCUCCUUCAUGUUACAGUUACUGUUUUUUUUUUAAUCAUAAUUAAUUUCUGGACUUUAUGGUAUUGUUCUUACGUAUCCUUAUUUGACUGCUCCUGUUUUCAUGGUUUUUGUGAUUAUAGGGGGUUCAGCACUAUUUUCCCAAAAGGUAUGACAAACGGCUGUGUAAUUGCCUGCAGCUACACAUCAGCAAACCAAAGAUUAAAGCAUGUUCUACAGAAGCAGUGGCAGCAUUUGUCAUGCACCUCAAUUCACAGGCACUAAACACAAAGCAAAAUAUGAAAAUAUGAGCAAAUAUGAUUCUCCAAUACACCAUAGUGUGCCUUCCCAGGAUGCUUUGCAUUAGGAGCACAGGGAGAUCAGGGGUUUGUAGUGUCUUUGAGGGUUUGUCUUUUGGAAACUUCUUAAAAUCCAGAUUGUACAUUGUAACUUUGAUCUUAUAGGGUCAUGAAGGUAAUGUGGUCAGGAAUAACUUCAGCCAUUUUUCUAACACAUCUCAUUAGGAAGCAUGUAACUGCUCUAAAGAAUUGGGCUUUUUUCCUUCAGAUAAACACAGCCUUCAUAAUGUAUAUUCCUCAUGUUGUUGCUUUUCAUAGUUGCAUUAUCACACUGCAGAAUGGUCAUAGCACUGCUCUGGAAAUGUUUGCAGGCAAGUUUGGUUCAGUAGAUGUUUUGAGGUCAGUUUGAUAAAGUGGGUUCCUUCUCUGUUAUUUGAGUUCAUUUUGUUUUUUAUUUUUAUUUUUUGAGUUGGGUUGGUAUUUUUUAUGAGCGUUAAUGACUUGUACUUGCUGAGACUACGUGCGGUGGUCUAAUUAAACAGCCUUGUUGAAGACAUACC